AUGCAGCGCCCAGGCUACCCCCAGCAGCCGCCUGCGCACUCACCACCGCUCCACCACCCCAUCCCACAGCACGUCUCCACCGUGCCCCAGCUGCGCUCCCCCCCUCCACCACAGCCACCCUCGCAACCACAGAGCGGCUAUGGCUACGGCCAGCAGGGCGGCGGCAUGCCCCAGCACCAGCAACCACAACAAGGCGGCUUUGGCCAGCACCCUGCCUUUGGCGGCUUCAUCAACGACCCCAGCGCCCAGCUAGGCCUGCAGAUGGGCCAGACGGCCUUCAACGCAGGGCAGCACUACAUUGACCAGAACAUUGGCAAAUACGUAUCCGUCGGCGCCCUCAAGCACUACUUCAACGUCUCCAACUCCUACGUCCUCUCCAAGCUGCGCAUCAUCCUCUUUCCCUGGUGGCACAAGCCGUGGUCGCGCCAGCAGCGACACUCCGCCGACCCCUCUGCUGCAGGCGCAACACUCUACCUGCCGCCCCGCGAAGACCCCAACUCGCCAGACAUGUAUAUCCCCACCAUGGCCCUGGUCACGUACAUCCUGCUCUCCACAUUGCUCGCAGGUCUGCGCGGCGCUUUCCACCCGGAGUUGCUUGGAUACACAGCCUCGGUCGCCAUCGCCGUCAUGGGCGCUGAAGUCGUUGUCCUGAAAACAGGCACCUACCUCCUCGCCAUCACCUCGUCCUCGCAGCUCCUCGACCUCGUGGCCUACUCGGGCUACAAGUUCAUCCACGUCAUCGUCUCGCUGCUGCUCAGCCACCUGCUCGCCUCGGUCGGCAUCGGCGGCUACUGGCUCUCGUGGGCCAUCUUCGCCUACUUCUUCAGCGCAAACGCCUUCUUCCUGCUCCGCAGCCUGCGCUACGUCCUGCUGCCGGACCAGAGCGCCCAGGCAAACAUUGGCGGAAACGCCGCCGGUGGCUACACCGUCGCAAAGGCCCAGAGGAACAGACGCACCCAGUUCUUGUUUGUCUACAGCUACCUAGUCCAGCUGGGCUUCAUGCUGUGGCUGAGCAAGGUGUGA